GCAGAGGUUUCGCGUUUACUUUUAGUUUGUCCUGCUCGGCUUUCCGUCACUCGAGUGACGCUUUGUGUGUUUGCUUAGCUUAGCCUAGCUGUUGUGGUUUUUACACCAGAUGAAAUGUGCUGUUUGUCUGUUUAAAGUAGAAAUGCUACAAUAGAGAGCUGCAACAUGGCCAAUGACAGGUUACGGGCUCUGGAGGAUGUGGAAAAGGAGAUCGCUGUCGUUCUUCAGUGUGCAGGAACCAUAGUGCUGGAAUUGUCCAAAGAGAAGCAUAAUGCAAGUUUGUUAGACCGGCAGCUCAACCAGUUUCAAACCUCCAUUAACAGGAUUGAGAGUGAGCUCAGCUCUCAGAUCCGCUAUCUCACACAGGUGGCGACUGGGCAGCCGCACGAAGGUUCAACGUACUCUGCACGAAAGGACUGCCAGAUGGCCCUGAACCGUGCAGAAUACGCACGUGUUAAACUGGGAGAACUAAGACGCACCUGUGAGACGAUGCUCGAAACCCAGAUAUUACGUACAUGAAGUCUUCAUAGCUGUUCCUGUACAAGCAUAACAUCUAGAUUUACUUUAGCCAGUCUGAAGUGAAUCCUGUUAAAGACUUUUAAACCUUGGCUUUGUGAGAAAUAUUACUUUUGAAUGGUGUACUGCUUUCUGUGAGGUUACAUUACAUUAUCAUGUGUAUACAGAAAUCAACUUACUUUUGUGACACCUCACUCUUUUGUAACAAAUAAAAUGUUUUUUUUCAUGUUUAA